AUGGGUGAUAGAGAUCAGACAAAACGGAGUGAGUCAUAUUCACUGAAAUACAGCAAUGAUAAAUCUUUGGUGGAUGGUAGCAGUGCCGUGCAGGUAUAAAUUUGUUAUGCAAUGAUUUUAAAUGUUAUAAAGUCAUGUAAAAAAGAGCCACUACUUUUUAUGUCAGAUUGAUUCGGUUCCUAACUGGUUCAGUUCUUAUUUAUAGUAAAAACAAUUGUUUCUGGUUCGGUGUUUUACAUUGUUUGUUUCAGUUAAUCAGUGAGAUGUUGACAGUAUAUACAUUAAUAUGUACUACUAUAUUUAAAAGCCUCUGUAUAUACUGUAUAAUUCUUAAAUCGAAAUUUAUAUUUUUAUUUAGAUAACAGGAAACCAGAACGGCUACCAAGCGUCGACAACGCUCGUUGAUAUUUAUAACGUGAGAUAUAUAAAAAUACAAUCAACUGCAAGCACAGACUUUUGUCUUAGAAUAGAACUCUGUGGAGAAGGUAUUAAUUAAGGACCAGUUGUUUUUGCAUGUAGUUACAAAUUUAUGGGUUUUUUCUGUGGCAUGAGGGCAGAUCAUAUUGUAUUUGAUCCUUCCUGAGACAGAGAAACUAUAUAUAUUCUUCCCGCGGAGAGUGUUGACAGCGUGCGUUGUGAUAAGCCAAACGUGCCGUUCCAGCAUGGGGCCUUACAAUCGUAAUCAUACAAAGUCAUAAUGUGGCAACUAUAGAAACCCUUAGAAACCUUUGUAUUCGGCAACACUUCACUGAAUUUAUAGACCCCCCCCCCCCACCCAACUUAUUUUAUACCCAGUAUACUUACUAAAUACAUAUUGUUCCAUACAUCAAAACCAACCUUGAUCGGUGCAUGUCAACAUGUGUAUAACUUCUUGUUUUUAUUGUUAGCCCAAAUGCCAGCUCCUGUUGACGAACUUCAAAUAACACCAUCAGAUACCUCGGCACGUGUGACGUGGGUGAUACAUGAGAAAACGGUUUCCAGUCUCAUAACAAAAUAUUAUAUCUAUCUAAAUGGUCAGUCACAACCACAUGUUGUAUCUCGAGCAGAAGAUGGAACUCAGAUCGUUAUUCCUGGACUGAAGCCGUAUACGGUGUAUACUGUUGGAAUUGAGACAGUUGAUGGCGCUUUACAGAGAAGCCGCAGAGUUAGUAAGACCUUUAAUACUGAUCAAGCAGGUAAAAAUAUUUUAGAACCUCUAUUUAGCCCCUCAUUACACACCCUCGUUACGGACCUUGUUAAGGUCCUCUCUCUAUUACGCCUUCUCCAGUCCCCACAACUUCGAAAUAUCUUGGUUCCCUCCCCAAUAAUUCAAACCGGCCCUAUUAUAUUACUAUUAUCUAAUACAGGAUUUACGCGGCAGUAGCUUGAAGACGCGAUCAAAUUAAUUCACAAAACUGUAACGGUUAUUGUUUAUUUUAUUUCAAAACCUCAAAUUCAGACGUGACCAGAUUUUCAUGUAUUUUUGUUCGCCACAAACUGCUCAAGCUUGUUCAGUCCUCAUUUUCGAAUUUGAAUAUUUUGCGUCGUGCAUGAUCGAGUUGUCGGCAUGCCUCCUGAUAUAAUUUAUCAUUAUGUGACUGUUCUUCAUGAGCAAGAAGAUAAUUAGUUGCGACAGGAAAAUGUAAAGCUAGGUUUCAACAUUGCGAUUUAGUAGGUCGAUUCCGUGUGCUUGUGAUAGACAUUCGGCGAAACCGAAAAUCGAUUUGACUACACAAAACAACUUUUGUUUUAAUUUUUGCUGUGAUAUGAAUCAUUUGCUUCCUAAUUAUAGCCCCUAGUGGACCUCCUUCGCAUGUGAGAUUCACUUACUGGGGUAAAAACAGACUGGACGUAUCCUGGAAUGCUCCUGAUACAAAGUUUUGGAAUGGUGUAUUGACAAGAUACCUAUUGUGCUAUGCUAACCAAACAAGGGCACGUAGGCCAAGAUGUAGAUUCAUUCGAAGUGGUACGAGAUUGCAAGGCACGAUAUAUAAUCUUCAACCCACCACAAAGUACUUUGUGACUGUCUCAGCUGGCACAAAAGUUGGUUAUGGAAACAAGAGUUUGGAAAUCAGUAAAAUAACAAGUGGAG